GAGCUCUAUAGAGACUCUUGACAAAAAAAAUUCUCCUUCACAAGUGUGGACCCAAAUAGAUAUUUUUGCACUGCAAGUUCAGAUAUUGUUUUCUUGAAUAAUUCUGGUUCUGGUCUCAAACCCAUAUCCCCUCUAAUUCGUCCUCUCUGUGCCUAAAUUUAAUUCUUAAUUUCUCACUUUGUAUUAUCCAUGGAAUCCUCUGCUAUUGUCUCCCUCUCUCAGCUCUCCUUUUUCCCACCAAGACCAAACAGAGGCAGAGCUUAUCCUUCAUGGCCAUGUAAGAAGAAUUCUCAAUGUUCUCGCAUACAGUGUCAGAAAAUGUAUGUCCCAGGAUUUGGAGAAGCAUCACCAGAAGCAAAGGCAGCCAAAAACCUACAUAAUUUCUUUACUUACACUGCCGUCAAAAUAGUUGCUGCACAGCUUGAGAGCUAUAACCCUGAAGCAUAUGAAGAGUUAAUGGAGUUUUUGGGUAGACACUCUUUGAAUGAUGGGGACAAGUUCUGUGGCAGUUUAAUGAGGGAAUCUUCCAGGCAUAAAAAUUUAGCUCUGCGGAUUUUGGAGGUUCGAUCUGCAUACUGUAAAGACGACUUCGAGUGGGAUAACAUGAAGAGAUUAGCUUUCAAGAUGGUGGAUGAUUCUAACAAGAGACUAAUGAGGGAUUAUGUAAUAGAAACCAGUCACGUAGAAGAAGGGGAGAAGUAAUUAGUGUUGCACCCACUUAUCUGUGUAAAGAAGGGGAGAAUCAAUUAUUCC